AUGAAGGAAGUGGAGUUGAACCUGGAGCCUAAAGGUGGAACCCAUGGUAUUACCUCAAAGUUUCUCGUGGAUAAAGCUACUACCUUUGCUGAUGUUGAGAGUUUGACAAAUGUCAAUGCCAUUCUAGCUCUACUUAUCUAUGGGAUCAUACUGUUUUUGAACAUGGAAGAAUUCAUGGAUCUGGCUGUUAUUCAUAUUUUCUUGACUCAGAACCCCAUCCCUACUAUUCUUGCUGACACUUACUACUCCAUCCAUGUAAGAACUCAAAAGAAGAAGGGGAACAUCAUUUGUUGUACCCCUUUGCUGUAUAGAUGGUUUAUUUUGCAUCUACCCAGCAAAGGCCCUUUCAUUGAAAACAAAGACAACCUGAAGUGGUCCCAGAGGAUCAUAUCCUUAAACGCCGAAGAUAUUUCCCGGUACUCUCGAGUCUACGACAACAUCAAACUUAUCCUAAACUGUGGUGACUUCCCUAACGUACCUCUUAUCGGUAUAAAAGGGGGAAUCAACUAUAACCCGAGGUUGGAACUACGACAGUUGGGAUACCCCGUGGUAGAUAAACCUGAUUCCAAGAGUGUAGAAGGUUUUGUUUUACAUGAAGGGGUUGAGGAUCUAGAGCUACUCAAGAAGAUUAUCAAGGUUUGGGGAGGAAUUUGUCCUCAAGGAAGAGCAAAAAUGGGUAAGAAGAACUACAUAGCCAGGGAAGCUUGCACUAGGUGGGUGAAAGACAGAGUCAAAGAGAUAUUGCUGUCAUUUCCAUCUGAACCAUCCAUGAGCAUCAAGCCUCCUUAA